GGGCCACCAAAGUGGAGCAUACAAACCCAACCACUCAGCCACAGGGCCGGCCCCUGAUUUACACUCUUAAAGUGUGUGUCUAAAUAAUAAGUGGCGAAGCAUAAAUGGGACAUAUAUCAACCAUACGGAGUAUUUAGAGGGAAAUCAGCUAAGGGCAAAUUCAGGAUCUUAAUAUGAAGUGAUUAUUUGUGAAUAAUUGUUUAGUCCUCUACAUUUUCUGCUAUGUCAAGACUGCAAGCAUCCUCACCUUUUAAUUGUUCAUGAUAAGGAUGUGUUAAGAAGGGGUAAAAAGAAAAAAAACACUGAAAAUAGCUCUAAGCUCUGCACUCUUGAAAUCAAAAUGCUAAUGUAACUGCAAUGGGUUGCUAUGAAGUUAGCAAAACAUUGUUACAUCUGAGGCAGCAAUGUCGUCAUCAUUAGACUAGUGAGUGAAGUUCUAGAUGAGAAUUCCUGUGACUACUGGCAGUGAUGGCUUUAGGAAAAGACACUUGUCCUGUCUUACCUAAACUUGUCAACAACUGUUCUGAUGAAAAUUCAUAUAAGCCUGCUACUAAGUAUAGUGAGGUUCAUUUGCCACGGUUUUCAUUUAAGCAAAGGCUGAUCCCGGGACGUUACGUUAUGCCUUGGAAAGAAAACAUGAAAUUCAGGAAUGUGAAUCUGAAGCAUGCGGAGGCGUGUGGGAUCUAUGCUGGCCCUUUAGAAGACUCUUUGUUUUUGAAUCACAGCGAAAGGCUUUGCCAUGGGGAAGACCGUAAAGUUGUCUUGAAGAAAGGCCCACCAGAAGCAAAAGUUGCAGACAUGCCUUUGCACUCUCCUCUCUCCAGAUACCAAAGCACGGUGAUUUCCCACGGCUACCGGAGGCGACUGGUCUGAGGGAGGAAGAAUAAAGUAAUGAAGUGCUUCAA